AUGAAACUCCCACUCUCCCUCCUAGCCCUCAUCACCAUACAAAAUGCCCCAAUCAUCUCAGCAGCACCAGCAGACAACUGGAUCACAAAAUCCCACACCUCACCGCACGCAGUCGAAAUGUUCAAAACCGCCAUCGAGUGGAACGACAAGUACUGGGACAACGAAGCCGGCUACCUGAUUACCGCCAGCAGCAGUCGUGGCCGCUACGAUAGUCGCCACUCCGCCUGGUAUGCGACGCAAUUGCUGGCCAGGAACGGUCGGGGCGAUGUCGCCAGAGCAGUGCGCAUCUUCGACAAUGUCAAUUCCGGACAAUAUCUUGAUCCGUCGAAGCAGUGGUAUGGGGAUUAUCCACAGGCGCCUUCGGAGCCGGAGCCUGGGACGUUGGUUUAUCCUGAUGAUGGGCCAUAUAGUUCGUGGGAUCCCAAUAUUCGUGAUUUCGUUGGCUGUGCCUGGAUAGUCGCUUUAAACGACUACGGCCACCUGCUUCCGGCAGCGACAGUGUCCAAGAUAGAGAAGUCCCUGCACAUUGCAGCAAAGGGUGACCAGUACCGAGUUGGAGGCGUCGACGGCGACAACUCUUACCCUUGUUAUUCCAAUCCGUGGCUGAUGCGCACGAUCCUGCAGAACUGGGUUGGCGCACGAGUUGGAGAUGCGAACUUGACUCAAUCCGGCGAGAAGUUCGCACAGGAAAUUUACGAUCUCUGGAGUAUGCACCGUACAUUGUCAGAAUUCAAUUCCCCGACGUAUGCUGGCGUGGCUAUGUGGGCACUGUCUCUCUGGAAUCAAUACGGGACAAAGGACAGUUUGUUGAAAAAAUAUGGACCGGAGAUGCUGAGAUCCAGCUGGGACGAACUUGCACAGCUUUAUAACGCGAAUUUGAAGAAUCUCGCUGGGCCGUGGGAUCGGUCAUAUGGCUAUGACAUGAAUGAAUAUGCAUCGCUGAUUGGCGCCGUGAUUUGGGGCGUCGUUGGUCGAAAGAAGGCUCCUGUUCCUCAGCAGGAGCUGGGGAUGUAUCAUCAAGACGAUUUCGCGUUCUAUCCGCUGUUUGCCCUGUCUAUGCCGGAGAUGGUCAAGUCUUUGUCUGCAAAGACGAGGGCGAGUUUAACCGAGUUCCCUGGUGAACAUAUGUACACUUCGCAGGCGUACUCGCCGCCUUUUGAUACGUACCCUCGCAAUAUCACUGCCUGGAUAUCCAAGGACGUGACUAUUGGCGCGGAAACUGUUGCCGAGACGGUUGUUGGAGGGCCCAGUAUCAAUCCCAGUCAGUUCAAUCCGGCUGUUAUUCAGUGGGCUAUUGAUGAGGGCAAGAUUGGAUGCAUUACCCACUGGGUUACGCAGUCAUCUAUUGAUGCUGUCGCUGCGCCGCGGUCUCUGAAUAUCUCCUAUCCAAAUGCAACAUCCAGCGAUGAUCCGGUGGCUUUCACUUUCCUUUUCAGUGGCCUCACUGUUAACAAUGGUGUCAAUGUGACUGGAUUGGAAGGCCUUCCUGGCUUGGAUGUCAGGGUUACAACCAAUGCUUUGUCGGAUUACACGAUCACAUACAACACCGAUCACUCGGUCAAUGAGUUCGUGUUCUAUAACAUCACAUAUACGAUGCCCGAAAGCUUCAUAGGUGUACCAUACGUGUCUCUCGAGAUAAUUUGA